ACGCCAUGAUAUUGAUUCAAUCUUGUUCUCUGUCGGUAUGAUCUAGUCUGUGCUACAGCUGACACCUUGAAAAGUUUUCGAGUACUCUGACAAUUCUGGGUGCUAAAUCACUUCCGGUCCCAUCCUUGUCUUUCGCUGAGAUUGCGCUACUUUGACGCUCAAGCUGGUAUAUAUUCAUGUCAUCUCUAAUCCAAUCUGUCGGCUCAGGCUCAGCCAUGCCUAUUCCUCCACUCCGAAUUACAAUCCCCAGCUCACUGAACCCCCAGCCCAUAGACUCAGGUUAUGAUGAAUCGCCAUCGGUAUCUCCAUUAACAUGGGCCGAAGUCACCGACGAGGCGGGCCUAGCGAGAGCCAUUAAAAUAUUCGUCACCAAUUACAUCAACAACCGUUCCAUGAUCGCAUUUGCGCGUGAGGCUUGCCCCAACGUCGACGCUGACGACCAAGUCGCCACGUAUAUCGAUAAACUGGUCCGCACUGCUGUCAAGGACCCUUGCGUACAUGUCGUCGAAGCUUACAACUUCAAUUGGGUCGCGCUUGGCGAAAUCCCCGACUUUGCCAACCUCCGCAACGCAACCUGGACUAAAGCUUCGGGCUUGACCUCAUGGUGGUUACUCCGUGAUGACCGUCAACGGGUCAGAAGUCAGUAUGCCAUCUCUAUGAUCCAUGGGAAGCAGGGUGCUAUCGGCCAUGCGAGCAGACACUCGUCAGGUGAGAAUCAUCUCAUGGGGACCCCGCUGAGACCACAUUACGUGCUGGGCAUGAUCGCACAGGAUCUGGGGCAGUAUCCUGUCCAGGAAGCAUUGGAUGAGGUUCUGAGUCCGUUUAUCGGGGCGGCCGAGGAACGCAACUUGAAGGUGUGGUACGAUACGACGGAAGACACGACUGAGCUAGAGAGACGAGGCUUCGAGCUCGUGAGGUCUUUUUCGAUCGGAAGAAAUGAAGUCAAUUGGCAAGGGGAAGUUGACCACAAGGGGUGUGGAUUCAAGGUAGAAUGUCUUGUUUGGAAACCAAAGAAGAAGAACUCGAACUCAUGACAGCAUCAGGCUGUGUACGGCAGAUAGCAGAGAGCGAGGGCUCAUGGAAGAUGCCAUGAUGUGUUUGCUUGAGCAUGCCGAUAUCACGGGGUUCGAUGGGAGGCAACCUGGCCGUUUCGUUUGAUCUUUGGCAGACGUUGGAGGGAUAGCGAAGGUCAGCCUUUGUGGAAUAGAUAGGAGUUCGUCGUUUGCCAAAUGAGGGCAUCAUCAACUCUUGAUCGGAUAUAUCUCUCGUUCAUUUACCUUUUUCCAGUAUGAGAUUACUCCGAUAAGCUGACCAAGGCAGUCCUCUUUGGUUUAAGACUACUUCAGGCGUUCACGUUUGUAUG